UUAUGAUUGUUAGUCAUGGGGAAGAAGUGCUCGCAGUAGUUCUCCAGUUAUCAGCUUUUGGAUGUGUGUUUAAAUUUGAAAGUGGACAUUACCUGCCGCGGACAUGUCCAACAUCGCAAAAAAAGUGUCAUGGUCAAGCCGAGGCGACGACCGCGGAGAGAGAACUCCACUGUUGAACGGAGCCGAGGACGUUAAAUACACACGAAAGUUCUCCGGAGGCAGUAAAUUUUAUAUAGGCAGGCUGAGCACUGUGGAUCUUGAAGAGGAGAUCACAACCGAAGAGGACAUUGUGAGGAGUCGACCGAAUGAAAUCCCUCACAACGAAAAGCUGCUAUCCCUCAAAUAUGAGAGUCUUGAUUAUGAUAACAGUGAAAAUCAGUUGUUUUUGGAGGAAGAAAGACGGAUGAGUCAAAUGAGCUUCAGUUGUUUGGAGAUCACAAGAUGGGUGAUCUGUGGUCUUAUUGGAUUCCUCACUGGUCUCAUUGCGUGCUUCAUAGACAUUGCUGUGGAGUACCUUGCUGGGGUUAAGUACUUUGUGGUCAAACAGAACAUAGAGAAAUUCACAGAGCUGGGAGGCCUGUCCAUCUCUCUGAUACUGUGGGCAGUGUUAAACUCUGCUUUUGUGAUGGUCGGUGGCAUCAUUGUUGCUUUUUUUGAGCCCAUCGCUGCAGGUAGUGGAAUCCCUCAGAUAAAAUGCUACCUGAAUGGAGUGAAGAUCCCUCGUGUUGUUCGGCUAAAGACUUUGGUGAUUAAGGUCUGUGGUGUGAUCUGCUCGGUCGCUGGAGGUCUUGCAGUAGGAAAGGAAGGGCCCAUGAUUCACUCAGGAGCAGUGGUGGCCGCUGGAGUGUCUCAGGGCCGAAGCACUUCACUGAAGAAAGACUUCAGGAUGUUUGAGUAUUUCCGCAGAGACACGGAGAAGAGAGACUUUGUCUCAGCAGGAGCAGCAGCUGGAGUCUCUGCUGCCUUUGGAGCCCCUGUUGGUGGGGUUCUGUUCAGUUUAGAGGAAGGAGCUUCGUUCUGGAACCAGAUGUUGACCUGGAGAAUUUUCUUUGCUUCGAUGAUCUCCACCUUCACACUGAACUUUUUCCUAAGUAUUUACCAUGGGAAGCCUGGAGACCUAUCCAGCCCUGGUCUCAUUAACUUUGGCCGCUUUGACAGCGAUACCAUGGAGUAUAAUUUAUAUGAAAUUCCUCUCUUCAUUAUCAUGGGAGCUUUAGGAGGUUUGCUUGGAGCGCUGUUCAAUCUACUCAAUUAUUGGCUAACGAUUUUCAGAAUAAGGUACAUCCACCGGCCGUGUCUGCAGGUGAUGGAGGCCAUGCUGGUCGCCGCGGUCACAGCCACAGUUUCUUUUGCUAUGAUCUAUUUCUCUAAUGACUGCCAGCCAUUGGGAGAAGACCAUACUGAGGAAUAUCCUCUACAGUUCUUCUGUGCUGAUGGCGAAUAUAACACCAUGGCAACAGCUUUCUUCAACACACCUGAGCGGAGUGUGAGGAGUCUGUUCCAUAACCCUCCAGGCUCUUACAACCCACAGACCCUGGGACUCUUCACUCUGGUCUAUUUUUUCCUGGCUGUCUGGACAUAUGGCCUGACUGUGUCAGCAGGAGUGUUCAUCCCCUCUUUGCUGAUUGGAGCGGCAUGGGGUCGACUCUUUGGAAUCCUCCUGUCCAGCAUUACCACAAGCCAAUCAAUUUGGGCGGAUCCUGGGAAGUAUGCUCUGAUAGGUGCUGCAGCCCAGCUUGGUGGCAUUGUUCGAAUGACCCUCAGUCUCACUGUAAUCAUGGUAGAAGCCACUGGUAACGUGACCUACGGCUUCCCCAUAAUGCUUGUGCUGAUUACUGCCAAGAUUGUUGGGGAUUACUUUGUAGAGGGCCUGUAUGAUAUCCACAUUAAGCUGCAAAGUGUUCCUUUCCUUCACUGGGAGGCUCCUGCUACUUCUCAUUGGCUGACGGCCAGGGAGGUCAUGAGCUCUCCAGUCACCUGCUUCAACAGAGUGGAGAAAGUUGGCACCAUAGUGGAUGUUCUUAGCAACACAUCCACCAAUCACAAUGGCUUCCCAGUGGUUGUCCAUACAAUUGAGGAAGAUGAGCCUGGCAAAAUCUGUGGCCUUAUUCUCCGCUCUCAGAUCAUUGUUCUUCUGAAGCAUAAGGUGUUUGUAGAGAGGGCAUCUUCACGUCUCAGCCAGAGGAAGCUAGCGCUGAAGGACUUCAGAGAUGCAUAUCCACGCUUUCCCCCCAUCCAGUCCAUUCACGUCUCUCAGGACGAGAGAGAGUGUAUGAUGGACCUGACAGAGUUCAUGAACCCAACUCCUUACACUGUGCCUCAGGAGACUUCACUGCCCCGGGUGUUUAAGUUGUUUCGGGCAUUGGGACUGAGGCAUCUGGUUGUUGUUGAUAAUGAGAACAUGGUUGUAGGUCUGGUGACCAGGAAGGAUCUUGCACGGUAUCACCUGGGUAAACACGGCCUGGAGGAGCUUCAACUGGCUCAGACAUGAUUGGUCAAUAUGCCUUCAGACCACCAGCUUCAGACCUCAAUAACAUUAGUGGCUGGGCAGAGUCUCCCUUGUGUCAAAGAUGUCUAACACAAACCUGCAACCUGCAGAACAUUUGUUUUCACGUUCAGUAUUUUAAAGGUUUGGUUCUUUUGAAAAACACAUUUUUGCUCCUUUUUCAUGAAGGCUGCAUUUAUUUUUGCAUCUAGAAGUACAGCAGAACAGCACAUAAUGUUGUAUGAUUAGUUUUGCACUGUUUGAGUGUGUAUUUAUUAUAUUUUAGAGCAGGUGAGCUGUUUGGGAGGCCUCACUUUACUUGCCUUUCCAAAAGCCUCAUUCUGUGUCACCUUUCUUGUUC